AUGAUCGACACAGAGGCACACUCGCACGAUGGUGCACUGCCGUUCUCCGAUGUGACCGGAUUGCUGGCGGCGGCCGCCCAGGCAGAAAAGCAGCAGGCACUCGUAGCGCGCAUCUUUGUUCCUCCAUCAUCCGCUCCUACCACGUCCACCUCGGUCGACCACUUUACAAAGCUUUCCAGCAUAGCAGCGCUUCUCGUCGAGUUCAUCCAGAAACACACCAAGCGCAGCGACUAUCUUGACGGCAAGGACUACAUCUGGCAUCGGGAGCCACCCUCGAUCUCGGUGGUUUGCCCUCCCUCCUCUUCACGUCCAUCUGCCUCCAACUCCUCAAUUCAACAACCGCCGCCGCCGCAUGUCCUCCUCCAUCUACGCACAGGAGGAGAGUGCGUCGAGGAUGAAUGGUAUGCAACUCAUCUCCUCAUUCGCGCAUCAAUGCACCUUUCCGAACAUCAACUAUGCAUCAGCUUAGAGGACGAGGACGGACAGUUUCUGCUCAUCGAGGCUGCAGAGUAUCUUCCCGACUGGGCAACGCCCGAAGCAGUCAUAAAUCGAGUGUGGAUCUCCGAUGGCCAUCUGCAUCUUAUUCCGCCGCACCAUGAAAGCAGCAAAGGCGAUACCUUGGACGCGCGUCGAGCUGUCGAGCUCGUCACAGACGCAACUACGCUAACUCGCGCAUCCGACGACAUCGAAGCAGCUGCCUUCGCACGAGCUUACGAGUUCCCAUCUGCAGCCGCACCACAUCACCAUCGUACUCUCGCCUAUAUGCCACGCCGCAUCGCAAACGUGCUUGCAGCUGAGCCACAACUCAUCGCCCAUUAUGUCAUGUCGAUACAGUCUCGAGACGUCGUCAGCUCUCGCUCUGGAUCCAGACUCGUCCACUUUCCACCACCAGCACAGGCUUCGACCGACUCGAAGUCGAACGAUCCAUCGACUGCGCACAGCGAAGAUCAAGUUGUCCUCGCUUCAGUGCGCAUGACACGCCACCUCUAUGCGCAAUUACUACAUGAUCGCUUCUUCCCGCCCCGCCAGCUCGGCCCUCAAUGGCAGGCCGCUGUCGAGAAGUAUCGACUUCGACUCUUCCACCCGUCUCCUUCCACCAACACGCAGACGAAGAUAGAGGAUGAAGCACAAGUACAGCUAGAGAUGCAACAAGGCCGGUGGUACGACCUCGGAGCCAAAAUCUGGUGCGGCAUGGAGAUGGCCUACACUGAAUCACUCACUCGCCGGACUGCGACCAAGGCGCGGCCUAUGGCUGCACCGCAAUCCGCUCUGCCGGCUCAAGAGCGGGACAAUCUCAUCAGAUCUCUCAACAAGCUCGGCUACUUUCGAGGGGAAGUUGAGGGCAGCGCAACGUGGAAGCAGCUCGAAACGGAAGCUGUAACUCAUUAUCUCGACGCAUCAUCUAGCCAAGGGGAGAACAGCAAGGCAAACGCCCGAAAUCCGCUGCUUUGUGACACGGUCGACCGUGUUCUCCAAGCAUCCGGCUCCAACGUGCCGAUGGCCACGACCUUGCCACCAGACGCUUCUGCCGCCUUGAGCAAGUCGGCAGAGGACGACGAUUCCUGGCUUCAGCUCGGUGCAGACGACGUUGAGUCCAUCCUGCAGAGCAAAGCUGGGCGUAGCGAUGGUACCGCGCGCACGAACAACGAGCAAGACGCAUUCGAGCGUCUUGGAGCCUUCAACUCCAAGAUGGAAGACUUCAUCAAGACCAAGUCCGAUGUCCGAGGUGCCGUUUUCGAGGACGAACUCGACGACGAAGAUAUGCAGUUCGACGAUGACGAUCUUUUGUUCGAGGAGCUCGAUGAGCAGGAGCAAGAGGAGAGGAUCAAGGGCGAGGUAAAAGAGAGGAUGCGGUCCGGCGGCGAGGAGGAGAAGAGGAAGCUGGUCGAGCGCUUGCUUCCGCGCAUGUCUGAACAAGAGUGGACGCGCAAACCCAAUAGCAUUGCGGAACGUGAAGCAGCCGGUGACGGCAGCAAAGGCGAAACCAGUCGAGAUUUUCUCUCGGUCAUCGACCGCAUCGCUGCCGAACGGCACGCUUCAGCUCCACGGCAGCAAGAGUCAGAGGUCAAAGACGUAGCAAUGCGUGAAGACAAUCACCUGUCAGCUGCCCACGCCGACCUACGUCGACGCCUGGCUUCGCAAUACAUGCGUGAGACCUCCUCACUUCUCUCCUCUCAGGGACAUGAUCAAUUCGACGGAGCUUCUGACUCGGAUGAUGAAGAGCUCGAACAGGAGACGUCGCCCGAGAUCAGGCGGCAGCGCGCCAAAGAAUACGAACUCGAGCCCGACGAGGUCGUGCAGGCACCUACGGAGGCGGAAGCAGAAGUGGGAUGGGAGGAUGUAGGCGAGUCUGCGGAGUUGGACGAAGCGACAGAAAUCGACAACAUGUUGGAGUAUGCGAGGAUCAGUCUGGGGUUGACUAAGGAGCAGUAUCAGGAGAUCUUGGAGGAGAGGCAGCGGAAAGGAAAAUUCGUGCCUACCGCUGCGGCUCACAAGGAGCCCGCACCGGGAGGCAAGUCCACCGCCAAUAAUACAGCCGCCCAACGGCCUCCGCCCGCACCCGCACCGAAGCUCGACACGUUUGAAAGCGUCAUGGCCGCCAUGGAGGAUGAACUGCAUCACCUCCGAUCCACCACCCGCACGUCGUCAUCCUCUCCCAAGCUCACUUCGACUCAACCGGCCCCUGACGAUGCAGAAGACGAAGAGCUACUUUCCCACUUGCUCAAAUCAGGCUCGGAUCUCCCCUCGUCGCUACUCGCGCAUCUCGGAGGAGAUGCAGAUCAGGCGGAUAGCGUGCGCGCAGAGCAACUGGAGAGCUUUCUGCGCUCGUUCCAGGCUCAGGCGGCAACCAGCGGCCCCGGCGCGGGUUCAGGUCCAGUGGACGUACUCAUGCGCCGCUUCGGGCUGGGCAGCUUGCCCGCCGAUCAGGAUUCUUCGCCACAAUGA